AUGGUGGACCCCACAUGGAAACCUGUUCUCCUGCUGAUCCUGCUGCACGUCUGCCUGGCAGAACAUGUGUUCUUCGACAGCCAGCGGGCCUCACAGCUGUUGUUCAGGAGCCGGAGGGCCAAUAGCAUUUUUGAGGAGAUGAAACCAGGGAACCUGGAGAGAGAGUGUGUGGAGGAGAUUUGUGACCAUGAAGAAGCCAGAGAGGUGUUCGAACAGACAGAUAAAACCGAAGUCUUCUGGACCAAGUAUCUGGACUGUAAAGGAUCUCAGAUGACAAGAACACAGGACAACAUCAACAUUAUCAGACAGUGUAUUGAAGGUCAGUGUAUUUCUGGUACAGGAGUGAACUAUGAAGGAAACAUCAACAUCACACAGUCAGGAAGACAGUGUCAACACUGGAGACACACCUACCCACAUCCCAUAAUAAGGGAGUACAACACUUCAGAACCAAACAGCAACCUGCAGGAAAACUUCUGUCGAAACCCCGACAUGCGUGCGGAGGGACCCUGGUGUUUCACCAAAGACCCGACCGUCCAGAAAGAGAACUGCAAGGUCCCGACGUGUGGUAAGGACUUUGUCCCGCCCACUGUGGCCCCUGAACCAUUAAAAACCGGCGCCUGUAUACCCAGUUACGGCAUCGACUACAUCGGCGACCUGGCCGUCACCCUGGGAGGCCACACCUGUAUGCCGUGGUCGUCGCCGGAGGCAAAGGUCCUCAGCGCGGACAAAGAGUUCAUCCCCGAGGUCAUCCUGCUGGGCAACAAGUGCCGAAACCCCGACAACGACCCUGAGGGGCCCUGGUGCUACGUGCGGGUUUCUGAAAAUGUGACGGUGGACUACUGCGACCUGGAUCUGUGCGAGGAUCAGUUGGUUGAGUUUACCUCAGAGACUGGAGGCCGGGAGCGUUCUGUCAUGCAGCCCGGCAAGAAAUUAUUUUUCAAACCUCAAACCUUUGGAGAAGGAGAGAGCGUGUGCGGAGAGCGCCCCCUGUUCGAGAAGCUGAAUAAAAAGGAUGCGAAGGAGAAUGAGCUGAUGGAGUCGUACGCAGAGAAACGCAUCGUUGGCGGUGACGACGCUGAGGUGGCCUCAGCACCAUGGCAGGUGAUGCUGUAUAAGCGCAGCCCACAGGAGCUGCUGUGUGGGGCCAGUCUGGUCAGCGAUCAAUGGAUCGUCACUGCUGCUCACUGCAUCCUCUACCCGCCCUGGAAUAAGAACUUCACCGCCAACGACAUCCUGGUCCGACUGGGAAAACACAACAGGGCCCAGUUUGAGCGCGGCAUUGAGAAGAUCGUGGCUAUCAGUGAAAUCAUCGUCCACCCAAAGUACAACUGGAAGGUAAAUCUGAACCGCGACAUCGCUCUGCUGCACCUGAGGCGGCCAAUCAUCUUCAGCAAUGAGAUCCAUCCAAUCUGCCUGCCCAGCAAGGAGGUCGCCAAGACGCUGCUGACUGAAGGCUAUAAGGGUCGAGUGACUGGUUGGGGGAACCUGAAGGAAACCUGGAACCCCUCAUCAAGAAAUUUACCCAAAGUCCUCCAGCAAAUCCACCUACCAAUCGUGGACCAGGACAUCUGCCGCAGCUCCACAUCCAUCAAGACCACAGACAACAUGUUCUGUGCCGGUUAUAAACCAGAGGACGCCCAACGUGGAGACGCCUGUGAGGGAGACAGUGGUGGACCGUUUGUGAUGAAGUACCCGGCAGAUAACCGCUGGUAUCAGAUGGGCAUCGUGUCGUGGGGCGAGGGCUGCGACCGAGACGGAAAGUACGGCUUCUACACCCACCUGUUCCGGAUGAGCAGGUGGAUGAGGAAAGUCAUCGAACAAACGGGAACAUAGACACCUUUCCUGUUCUGCCUGUUAAAGCAGGAUGCUAACGCUAAU